AUGUGCCUCUGUCGUCUGCUCACGCUGCUGACGGCUUCCGCUUUGUAACCUAGGCCUGUGUAUGGCUUCUGAAUACUGCUGCCUCCACCGCCAUCCUGCGCCAUGUGCCUCUGUCGUCUGCUCACGCUGCUGACGGCUUCCGCUUUUUAAACUAGUCCUGUGUAUGUCUUCCGAAUACUGCUGCAUCCACCGCCACCCUGCGCCAUGUGCCACUUUCGGGUCUCCUCACACUGCUGCCAGGUCCAGAGUGUGUCAUGGGUCCCUGUACGGCCUCCCAUUGCUGCUGACUUCAUCGCCAGACUCUGCCAUGUGCCACUUUCAGGUCUCCUUACACUGUUGGUGGGUUCCAUUUUGUGAUAGGGUGCUG